UACCGGAUUAUUUCUUUUUCAAUAUGAUUUAAUGAGUUUGUAAAUGGAAACGAGUAUAAUAGUUGGCAAGAGGUUACUAAAGCCAGAGCAGUACGGAUCUUUGUUGAUCGCAAAGGGAACAACGUAGAGACGUCGAGUAAACUUCAAAUCGAGAUGGAACUACGUCAUGACCAACGUGACCGACGUCUGCUUGUAUGGAUACUUCUGGUCAGCGUACUUCUACAUAACGUCACGUGUAAAGGCCCAGAAAUGAAGCGAACGUCCAGUACCUGCCAUUGUCAUAAGGACAUAGGGAGAUGUAUUACUAAAGACGAUGGCAGUCAAGUCUGUUCGUGCCCUGAAAGGUACAGAGGCCGCAUGUGUGAAUUCGACUGCCGUAAAGCGUCAGAUAAGGAAUGCCAAAGUUUAAGGAGCUGGAGCAUCUGUGUAAAACAUCGGGAUUGGAUGCAAGCGUGCUGCAAGAGAACUUGCGAAGGGUUCAAAAACACUUGUGCCGACGUUAAUCCUGUGGAUUGCAAAUGGUUGGAAUCACAUGGUGAAUGCAAAAAGAAUCUAAACUGGAUGAGAACUUGCUGUGGAUUAUGUUUUGACAACAAUCCAAAAUGUAAAGACAAAAAUCCCAUUCAAUGUCCUCUCUGGAAAGAACGCGGAGAAUGCGAAAAGAACAUCAAAUAUAUGUACAAAAACUGCUUAAAAAGCUGCAUCGGCUGCUAAAAGGGACGCAGUUACCACACAGGUAGCCCAACAACAAUUUCAAGACAUCACGUAACAACAGUAACAAAAUGAAUCCAAUGUAGUAAGUAAACUAUAAUGAUAUUAAACAGCUUUGAAAAUAGUG